AUGCAGAAUGUGCUACCUAUGCCGCAAGCUGGCAAGUCCCUCUUCUCCCACAAUGAUCACAAGCAGGCGGACCAUAUUGGGUGGCAAGUAUGGAACACCAGUCGGGGACUGAAAAGCAGCAGGGGCUUUGUGAAGCUUUGCCUUGUGGCUCUCGCGACAUUGGUAUCAACAGCCUUUAUACUAUUUCUGCUCUGGCAUUCAGCUCUCCUACAAUCGACAGUCACCGUUGGCCAGAAUAUGACACCAUCUCGCCCCUCUCGAGACCUUAAAUUGUUGCUACACCCGGACGAGCAUGUGUCGCGUGAGCCCGGUCUCAGGCGCUACUCCUGGAACAUCACUAAGUCACUCAUCGAGCCUGAUGGAGUCAAGCGUGAAGUGCUGUUGAUAAACGGUGUGAUGUUCCCUGGACCGACGAUCGAGGUACGAUCAGGCGAUAUUAUCGAAGUUGAGGUCCUUAACCAUCUCGAGGAUGCAACGUCUCUUCAUUGGCACGGUCUGCAUAUGCGAGGCUUUAAUGAAUUUGACGGACCUGUUGGCAUCACCCAGUGUCCCAUCCCUGUCGGGGGAAGAUUUGUAUACCGCAUACCAACUGGGAAGCAGGCGGGGACAUUUUGGUUUCACGCGCACUCGGAACUUCAACGGGCAGACGGCCUUUAUGGUGGCCUCAUCAUUCAUGAUCCCAAUGACUAUGAGAUAAUGGCCUCGUAUGACGAGGAGUUGUUGCUUCUCGUGGGCGACUGGUAUCAUUCUUCCGCGGAAAAGGUGCGGGAGAGAUUCCUGAGUCAUGAUGGACUUGCAGCCGAGCCCUGCCCAGACUCUCUACUGAUUAAUGGAGGCGGCUACUUUGAAUGCGCCAAGGCCGUUCCCGCUAGACCGCUGGACUGUACAGACACUCCACAACCACAGUUACUGCUUGACGCAAGUAAACGAUACAGGGUACGGACUGUCAAUGUUGGAUCUCUCACUGGUUUCUCCAUAGCCUUUCCGGAUGCAGAAAUGAACACAAUUCGUGUGGAUGGCGGCCUGCCAAUAGUGUCGCACCGUGCAAAUUCGAUCGGCAUACUCAGUCCUGGAGAAAGAGUGGACUUUCUCCUAUGGUGGCCGGAGUCGAGUGUUGACACCGAGGCUAGAGUUGUGGUCUCUUUGGAUACGGAUGACAUUUCAGUUCCGACCGUAGGAAAGGAAACUGAGGGGAAAAGGUCGCCGGAACUGUCAUAUUUCGAUCUUCGAGAGGCAAAAGGCCCCAUGUUAGCCUCGCGUCUCCCGGAUCCUGGAAAAUAUUUGAUGCUCUAUGUUAAUAUUGAGGUUCUGAGCAGGCUGGAGCUAGUUCCCCACGGAUUUGUCAAUCGGACGACCUGGGAACCACAACAGAGCCCACUGCUCACACUUGAGAGAUACAAAUGGGACCGUCACCAGCUCGUCCCAUGGACCGGCAAUGAGCCUGUGUGGGUGGAGUUCACGAUAAACAAUGUCGACACAGUUGGCCACCCGUUUCACCUCCAUGGUUUCAACCUUUACAUCGUUAGCUCUUACGCUGGCAACGGUGGAUGGGAUUAUUACAAUCCAUUUACCCCAUGGAAGGAACCUCGUGGUGGUCCUUUUAAUCUGGUAAAUCCAAUCAUGAAGGACACGAUAUAUGUCCCGGCCUACGGAUAUGUCGUCAUCAGGUUUCUGGCCGACAACGAGGGUAUAUGGGCCUUGCAUUGCCAUGUUCUGUGGCACCAGGCAAGCGGUAUGGCUAUGGCUGUUCAAGUCAUGGGUGACGAGGGCAAGGGACUGAGUGGGACGCCACAGGGCCUGAAUGCAAAGCAGCUUUGUCGAGCCUUUGGAAGCUGA